CUCCUAACUGAAUACAAAAAAACAGUGUACAUCUGCAAAUUGCAAAUUUUGUGCUGCAUUGCAUUGCAUAGCUUCCUGAUACAAACUGACAUGAUUAGUAGAAUUUCCCCUCUUAUUGCUUUCCUACUUUUUUUCUGCCUGGGUUCACAGUCCGCCAAUACUACCACCAAUGAUACAGUCACGAAUACUAUCCAACCUGGCCAAUCACUGACUACCUCGGAGACCAUUGUAUCCGCUAAUGGAAUCUUCGAACUCGGUUUCUUCUCUCCAGGAAAUUCAACAAAUUAUUACUUGGGAAUACGGUACAGCAAGAAAGUUUCUGAGCAGAAUGUAGUAUGGGUUGCAAACAGAGAGUACCCAUUUCCAAAUUCCUCUGUAACUCUUACUCUGAAUUUAGAUGGAAAUCUUGUCUUAUCCGAUAGCAGAAUGAUAUUCAUGAUGGCCAACGCUUCAGCUGGAAACGGUACCUGUGCCAUGCUAUUGAAUACAGGUAAUCUGAUACUCAACAACAGGGGAUUUGAAGUUUUUUGGCAAAGCUUUGACAAUCCUACUGAUACUCUUUUGCCCGGAAUGAAACUUGGAAAAGAUUUUCAGACUGGAGCUGUGUGUUCAUUAACAUCAUGGAAAAGUUCAGAAGACCCUGCUCCUGGUCUUUUCACCCUUCAGAAGGAAUAUAAGACGGACCAACUAAUAAUGAUGGAGGAGUCAAAAGUAUAUUGGGUUAGUUCACUCUUUAGCUUUGAUGUUUUAAAUUACGAUGCGGGGUUUGUUUCAGAGUAUGCUUCGUGGCCUUACACUACUCAAAAUAUUUCGAGAAUGGUGUUGGAUGUAUCCGGGCAGCUUAAACUGCAGUCUUGGUUAGAAGAUGACCGAAGGUGGCACUCGAUACAGUCAUCCAGGUGUAGGAACUACGCUCUUUGUGGUGCCUUUAGCAUAUGCAAUGAGACUGUCCAUGAACCCAAUCAACCGUGUGAGUGUUUGCCAGGUUUCAAACCCCUUUCUGCUGAUCCUUGGGAAACAGGAAACCUGUCCAGCAGUACUGGCUGUGUGAGGGAAACUGAUCUGCAGUGCACUAAUAGGAAUAUGGAUGCUGGGAAAGAUGGGUUUCUUCUCAUGUCUAAAGUUGAUUGGCCUGAAAAUCCACUUCAGCAGUUGCACAUUCGCAACCGUUUAGCCUGCGAGUCCGCUUGCGUGAACAACUGUUCUUGUAUUGCUUAUGCUUAUGAUCAAAAGGUCGAUCACAAUGUCUACAAGUUUCGUUGCUUUGUAUGGAAUGGUCCUCUGUUAAAUUUGAAAAAACUAUCAGGAGAUGAUAAAUAUGGAAAUGAAUUCUAUCUGAAACUUGCUCCCUCGGAGUUAGCCACCAAUGCAUCUAGCCCAACAGGAAUGCCUGGAGCAACUGACAGAACAAUUCUUGUAAGAGCUAAUCCACUAAUUGCCAUACUAGCAAUAUCUCUGACACUUGCAACGCUUACAUUGGCCCUUUUUAUCUAUUGUGUAAGGAGAAAACUCAGAAGGAAUGGUGAGGAUUUGGUAAAGUUUGAUUUCGGAAUGACCAUAAAGUCUGAAAAUUCUGAGCUGGAUGAAGUAAAUAAGCGUGGAGAUGGUAGGAAAAAGGAAGUCAAAAUGCCAUUAUUCAGUUUUGCAAGUGUUUCUGCUGCAACUGAAAAUUUCUCAGAUGCAAAUAAGCUUGGACAGGGUGGUUUUGGACCUGUUUACAAGGGAAUAUUACUGAAUGGGGACAUGGUAGCUGUCAAAAGGCUUUCAGGAAAAUCGGGCCAAGGUUGGGAGGAGCUAAAAAAUGAAGCUAUGCUCAUAGCCAAGCUCCAACACAACAAUCUUGUUAGACUUUUGGGCUGCUGCAUUGAACGAGAUGAAAAGAUACUAGUAUAUGAGUACAUGCCAAAUAAAAGCUUGGACUACUUCAUUUUUGAUCCAGAAAAGCGCAGGAUUUUAGAUAUGCAGACGCGGAUUCGAGUGGUUGAAGGGAUUGCACAAGGACUUCUUUAUCUUCAUCAAUAUUCUAGGUUAAGGAUUAUUCAUAGAGACCUAAAGGCGAGCAAUAUUUUGUUAGAUAGCGAAAUGAAUCCAAAGAUAUCAGAUUUCGGAAUGGCAAGAAUAUUUGGAGGAAACGAGUCACAAGCAAAUACCAAUAGAAUUGUUGGCACUUAUGGUUAUAUGUCCCCUGAAUACGCUUUGGAAGGACUCUUUUCAAUCAAAUCAGAUGUCUUCAGUUUUGGCGUCUUGUUGUUAGAAAUUGUGAGUGGUAGAAAGAAUACUGGCUUUUAUCAAACUGAUUCUUUCCAUCUUCUUGGAUAUGCAUGGGAAUUAUGGACAAGUGAUAGGGGAUCGGACUUGGUGGAUCCACUACUUGAUGAUGUAUCCUCUAUCCACGUGGCACUGAAAUAUGUUAACAUAGGUCUCCUCUGUGUUCAAGAAAGUGCAGCGGAUAGACCUACCAUGUCUGAUGUUGUCGCAAUGCUUAGCAAUGAAAGUGCAGCUCUACCUUAUCCCAAACAACCUGCUUUCAUGAAUAUGAGAAGUGUGAUGAAGGCAAACCCAGAUAAUAGCAGGACAGAAAUCUGUUCUGUGAAUGAUGCAACUGUUUCAAUUAUCGAAGGCCGGUAACAUAUUUUAAUUAAAGUCAUAGGUUGAUAAGCAUUAGUAUGUCCCAGUAAAUCAUCCAAAAACAUUCAAUUUCUUUGCUUGUGUUGGAUAUUUUUAUAAAAAAAAUAUUAUA